UUAGUAUGUCCACUGCAGGUCAAGUCAUAAAAUGCAGGGCUGCUGUAGCCUGGGCUGCCAAAGAACCCCUGGCGAUGGAAGAGAUCGAAGUAGAUCCACCAAAAGCUGGAGAAGUGAGGAUCAAGAUAGAGUUCACGGGUGUCUGUCACACUGAUGCAUACACCCUGGGUGGAUCCGAUCCAGAGGGUCUCUUUCCAGUUGUGCUGGGACACGAGGGAGCAGGAAUCGUUGAAAGUGUGGGUGAGGGUGUUACCUCUGUUGCGCCUGGUGACAAAGUCAUCCCUUGUUACAUCCCCCAGUGUUACGAGUGUGAGUACUGCGUGAGGAAGGACACUAACGUCUGCUCGAAGAUCCGAAAUACUCAGGGUAAAGGUCUCAUGCCUGAUGGGACCUCUAGAUUGAGGUGCAAAGGAAAAGAGCUGUUCCACUUCAUGGGUACUAGCACAUUUGCUGAGUACUGCGUUGUAGCAGAGAUAAGUUGUGCUAAGGUUAACCCAGCAGCUAGUACAGAAGCUAUCUGUCUUCUGGGAUGUGGAGUUUCAACUGGUUACGGUGCUGCACUCAACACAGCAAAGGUUCAACCUGGAAGUACCUGUGCUGUUUGGGGAAUGGGAGCUGUUGGGUUAGCAGUGCUGAUGGGAUGUAAAGCUGCUGGGGCAACUAAACUCAUUGCUAUUGAUCUGAACCCAGAGAAGGAGAAAGCUGCAAGGGAGUUUGGAGCGACCGAGUUCAUCAAUCCUAAAGAUCUACCAGCUGGCAAGUCGUUUGUGGCGCACAUGCAGGACGAGUAUAACGGGGGUCCUGACUUUACCUUCGAGUGUGUCGGUAAUGUGCACGUGAUGAGACAGGCUCUCGAGUCCGCUCACAAAGGAUUAGAGUUCGAGGUGGUGGAGCAACUGCCCGGGUGUACGCUAUCCGACAGUCCAUCUCUAAAUCUCUCGUAGCUUACUACCAAAAGUUCGUAGAUGAAACAUCGAAGAAAGAGAUCAAAGGGGGCUGGAAGAGCAGAGACGAUGUUCCCCGACUGGUCGAGGACUUCCUGUCCGGCAAGAUGAAGGUGAACGAGUUCAUAACUCAGCGGCUACCUCUAGACCAAAUUAAUGAAGCUUUCGAACUUAUGCACCAGGGAAAAGCUCUCCGACCAGUCAUCCACUUUUAGAUUCAUAAUUGUUUUUAGCCGGUUAAUGGGUACAAAUUAGAAAUUAAUAACACUAGAAAUUAUAAUAAUGAACACCUCUAUUUCUUAAACACACAAAUCGCAUUAACCGUUUUACAUAGAUUGUAUAAAUUACACAGAUUACUAAAAUUGUUUAGAAUUCAUGUGCUUAUAGCAUAUUGCUAUGAUAGCAUUCAGUUUCAUAAUAUUAUUGGCUUCCUUUUCGAAGCGACAAUCUUUGCGUGUUAUUGAUUUUUGGUUAUGUAUUUUACGUUUUUGUUUAUAAGAGCUAGUAGCUGAUAUAAUUAUUGUGAUUUUUGAUUGAAAUAAAUUUUCGUGCACAUACAGAAUGAAUGGUUAAUAAUUUAAUAUAUAUGUAGACCAAGCUCUGUGCACGGGAUGCUUCCUGGAAGAAUCCAGUUCUUUUAGCGGGGCACCCUACCUAAAGCCAAAUUGAGAUAUAAUAAUCAUAUUCCUAGAGAAAUAAUCAGAAAUCGAAUACCAAUCAAAUAAUAUGAUAUAUAGGAGUAGUAACCAUAUUUACUAUGCAAAAUGCCCCAACCACAUAGUGUAAAUUUAUAUAGAAUUCAAAUUCCAUAUCAUCAUUAAACCUCAAUACCUAGUCAAUAUAAUAGCCCAAGCAAAAUUAAAUAACUUCUUAUAUACCUUACUGUCAUACUACAAAUUAAUUAAACAUUUGAAAUCUGUUGACCAGAGAAUAAAUUUCUAAGCCUAAUGCAAGUGAAAUAAUUUAGAUGCAAUAAUGAAUGCCUAAUGUGAGUAUCAUUUGUCAAUGUCCUUGUAAAAAAGUCUGUACAAGAGAUAUGAGUAACUAAUAUAGAAGAAAAAUGAGUAACUAAUAUAGAAGAAAAAACAGGAAGUUGUCGUCUGUUGUAAAAUAAAUAAAAUAUCUAGAAUAUAAAUUAGAAUAUAAAAUAACAUUCAGUCAAUGUGUCGUCAAUAAACUGUACAAUUAUCAAAUGUUAAAACUGGGUGAUACAGUCACCAAAAAAAAUACUAAGUAUGAUAAGUUAAUAAAUUAAAUGUGGUCUAUAAAACUACCACUAAGUAUAAUAGGUCAAUAAAUUAAAAGUGGUUUAUAAAACUACCACUGUGGGAACCCCUUCUCCAGUUAAAACAUGUCAGUCAUGUGCAAAAUCAAUCAGAAUGGUAAGGUGGUAAAAAAGGGAAUAUCUUUUCGAUACAUCAAUUAUAUAUGCCUCAGAUUUAAAAGAAUUAGAAGUUACUUAGUUAUC